CAUAUUUUGACAGGGUCAUAUUUGCCCCAUCUUCUCCCUCCCCACCCCCCUCUAUCUUUUCCACUGCAGAACAAAUCAAAGCAGACAAGCUCGACACCCUCUUUCGCUCUCCAAUCCUCGCUUCCCGUUUAAAGGGGGUUGCUUUCUCUGUUUUUUCUUGUUCCUUUUGCUGCUACUACUAACAAUGGCUGGUCAAAGGAAUGACUACGGCAAAAGAUCACAGCACUCACAAUCUGAUUAUGGCGGGGGUAAAAGAAGAAACCCCGGAGAUGACCCUUCUGACCAGAAUACGAUUACUAAUGAAGAUACAGUCUAUCGUUAUUUAUGCCCCUUGAGAAAGAUUGGCAGUAUUAUUGGUAAAGGUGGAGAGAUUGCUAAGCAAUUAAGGGCGGAUAGUAAGUCAAAUAUUAGGAUUAGUGAGGCAAUGCCGGGUUAUGAUGAGCGAAUUGUUACUAUUUAUAGUUCGAGUGAAGAAACUAAUCUUUUUGGAGAAACUGGCGAGUAUGUUUGUCCUGCUCAAGAUGCGCUUUUUAUGGUUCAUGAUAGGGUUAUUGCUGAGGACUUGAACAAUGCUGCUGCCGAGGAGGAGGAGGGAGAGGAUAAUUUUGGGGAGGUACAGCAAGUUACGGCGAGAAUGCUUGUGCCAGCGGAUCAAAUUGGGUGCGUUAUUGGGAAGGGCGGACAAGUUAUUCAGAAUAUAAGGAGUGAGACUUGUGCCCAGAUUCGGAUUACGAAGGAUGAUCAUUUACCUCCUUUAGCUUUGAGUAUCGAUGAACUCCUCCUGAUUCAUGGAGAACCCUCUGCUGUGAGAAAGGCACUUUACCAAGUGGCAACCCGCCUUCACGAGAAUCCAUCUCGGUCACAGCACUUGAUACUGUCUUCUUCAGCCAACAUGCAUGGUGGCAUGUUUGUGACUGCAAAUGCUGGAGCUCCUGUUUUGGGUCUAUACGGCAACUAUAAAGGUGGUUGGUCAUCAUCAUUUUACCCUGACCAGAGAGAUGAAUCUUCUGCGAAAGAAUUCUCUCUUCGUUUAGUGUGUCCCACUGCAAACAUUGGAGGUGUGAUUGGGAAAGGUGGUGGUAUUAUCAAACAAAUUCGCCAGGAAUCUAGGGCUUCUAUUAAAGUUGACAGCUCAGGUGCUGAGGGAGAUGAUUGCAUAAUAUUUAUAUCAGCAAAGGAGUUCUUUGAAGAUCAAUCUCCAACCAUGAAUGCAGCAUUGCGCUUGCAACCACGGUGCAGUGACAAAACUGAAAAGGAAUCUGGUGAUUCUGUAAUCACCACCCGCCUGCUUGUGGGAAGAUCACAAAUUGGAUGUCUUAUGGGAAAAGGUGGGGCAAUUAUUUCAGAAAUGAGGAAUCUAACAAGGGCAAACAUCCGGAUUAUUUCCGAUGACAAUCUUCCUAAGGUUGCUGGUGAAGAUGAUGAGAUGGUGCAGAUCACCGGAAGCCUUGAAGUCGCUAGCAAUGCUCUUUUACAAGUGAUUUUGAGGUUGAAAGCCAAUUUAUUUGGAAGGGAUGGAGCACUAACUGCAUUUCCACCAGCACUUCCAUAUAUUCCUAUGUCACUAGAUACAUCAGAUGGUUCAAAAUACGGAGGCCGAGACAGUCAAUCACGCGGACGUGGUUACACUUCUUCCUCUAGUGGAUAUGGAUCUCGUGAUGCGCACCCAAGUGAUAGUUAUGGAAGUAAUGUAGGAUCACUGAUUGGCGGUGAAAGCAGUUAUGGAGCAUAUGGUGGCUUCUCAUCUGGUCGUUCUGGUGGUGCCGGGUUAUCUGGUCAGAAUCCUGUUUCCCAAAGAAAACAUCAUGGGUAUUAAUCCUGUAUUCUAGGGCCAACAGGCAAAUCUCUUGAUGGUCUGUGUUCAGGCUUGUCCCAUAAGCCGUGGGAAAAUCACAAUGGGGCUAUUAGUUUAGCUGGGAGGUAGUUGUAUGCAUCCCUCUUUGAGCUGAUUCACCAAUUACUGGCAUGGUGAAGAUAAAUCAGCUUGAGGGGUAGGCAUGUUCUCUACUUUCAUCUUAGUGUUCUUGUCCAUUAGCCUUGGAUGGAUGGAUUGAAGUCCUUUGUGUAAUUAACGUGGCAGGUUUGAUGCAUCAACAGUUUUCAUUUACAUCACCAGCAGGUAUGUUUCUCUGCUCCUAGUUUAUAGUAAACAGGAUGUUUGUCCAAGUCAUGACUUGGCUAUCUUAUUGGUAAUCAGUAAGCUGGCUGCUCCUGUAUAAUAAUUCAAUAAUUGAAAGAUGGUAAGGCAUGAUGUGUGCAGCAAUUGAAGGUGGACAAAUAGACAGAAGUGUAAUUUUCCCAAUCGGGCACUAUAUCCAUAUUCUUUUAUGGCACAGGUACUUCACCUCAUCUCAUGUAUGGAAACAGACCCAGGAAACUAGUGAAACUGCUGUAUUUUUGGAUGUUCACUGGUGUGAUUACAAUGUUGAGCAAUCACCAUGUUAUUUGAUAGGAACAUAAUAUAACAAAUAUCACUGUUGAAUACAGGAAUACCUGAAAUCAUGUAUGCUUAUCAGUUGUAUUUGGAAUAGUUUUAUUUCUGUGUUUGCAUUAGACCGGGUUUCUUAAGUCUAAUGAAAGCUCACUCUUCAAACUUUU